AAAACAAUGGAUAAUUUUUGUCGUCGUACGGACAAAAUUAAUGCAACUUGCAGUUUGAAAUGGGUUUAAGUUCGCGGAAUCCAACUAAGUUACUGCCUAGCGCUUUUCCCACGUUAACCACUGCUCCUGCAGAGGCUAAUGAACGGCAGAAAAGGAUGGAGUCUCAUUCCAAAAAAGAGAUGUUAACAACAAUGUUGAAGAAUACCGCCCCUGUUGAAGUAAUUCAAGAAAACGAGGUUGGAGAGGCACCUCAAACUGCAGGAGAGGAGGUCAUCGAUGAGAAAGCCGAGAAAAUACUGCAUUUGGAAACAGAAAUACAAAGGCUGAAUAGUGUUGUUAGAACUUUGAAUAAGUGCAAAAACGAGCAGUCAGCAGAAAUUAAACGCCUUAGGAUUUCCAUUAAAACCUCGGAAUUCCACAGAAAUAAUUUGGAGCAAAAACUUAGCUCAUUCUGA